AUGGUGGCUUGGGAGCAGUUUAAAACGACCCAUGACAGAGGAUCAGUGGCAGAGCAAUUGGGUAGUAAUCGAGCUGAACAAAUCAGAAAGAAUAAGCAUUACAUCAAGAGUAUUGCUGAAAUCCUCCUGCUAUGUAGCAAGCAGGAAAUAAGCUUCAGGGGUCAUGACGAAACAGAAAGUUCCUUAAAUAAAGGUAAUUUUUUGGAAAUUUUAAAUUUGCUGAGUAAGCAUGACCCAGCUGUGAAUGAAAGGCUUUCUCAUGGUCCAAGGAAUGCCAAAUAUACAUCCCACAUGAUCCAGAACAACAUCAUUGCUGUCAUGGCUACUCUGGUAAGGAAGAACAUCUGCAUUUCCAUACAGAAGGCAGGGUUUUAUUCACUAAUGGUUGAUGAAACUAAAGAUCUUAGUAAACAGGAGCAGAUUUCAUUCGUAGUCCGUUAUGUAGAUGGUGAUACAAAACCAGCUGCAAUUAAAGAGCGAUUUCUAACCUUUUAUCCAGCUGCUAGCCUUGAUGCAGAAUCUCUUACUCAGUAUAUUGUUAAUACACUGAGCAAUUAUAACCUUGACCCUCAGCUAAUGGUAUCACAGGGAUAUGAUGGAGCUGCUGUGAUGAGCGGUCAUUGUUCUGGAGUGCAGCAACGUGUGAGACAAGUAGCACCACAUGCAAUAUAUGUGCAUUGUUACGCACAUAUCCUGAAUCUGGUCCUUGUGGACUGUGUGAAAAACAACUCUUUUGCUUCUGAGUUCUUUUCCUUGCUUCAGUCAUUAUAUGUUCUACUGUCCACCAGUAAAGCCCAUGUUGUCUUCAUUGACAAGCAAAAGGAGCUUUAUCCUAAUAAACCAACUAAAGAACUCAAACGACUGUCAGACACACGUUGGGCCUGCUGUUCUCUAACCCUUGAUGUCAUUGCUGGUACCUAUGACUGCAUCAUAGCUACUUUGGACAACAUCGGUGAAGAUAGAGACAAAGCAAAAGCCAUAGAAGCAGCAGGUCUUCUUCACCCAGUUCACAGCUUUAAGUUUCUUGCUUGUUUAAUAAUUUUUCAGAGACUUAUGAAUAUCACCAAGUCUUUAUCAGAUCAGCUUCAGAGUAGAACAGUUGAUUCAGUGCAUGCUGCUGGGUUGGUUUCUUCAACUACUCACACUUUGAAGGAUUUUCGAAGUGACAGUGUCUGGGACCACACAUAUAAGUACAUUUGUGAUGUUGCGUCAUUAAAUGGCAUUGAAGAAGACACAGUAAAUAGUAGACAACGAAAAUGA